AUGGCGACUCAAGUGUCAUCGUCAUCAGAAGAUGAAGGUCCAGUUGGUGGUGCUGGCAACAUGCAAAUAUCAAGGAAGUUCAGUGUGGCAGACUACACAGACUUGCUGAGUCAAUCUGGUGCACCAGAUGGUCAAGGUCAAGGUGGCCAAGCAGCCUCGUCAAGUCCCAUGCCGACACAGGGUGGACGUUCAUCUGUCCCAUCUUUUGGACGUGUAGCCUUGAACAGUUCCUCAGACUCACCAAAGGGUGACGAAGAUCAAAAGAGCAAAAAAGACAAAAAGGCAGAAAAAGACAAAAAGGCAGAGAAAGACAAAAAGGCAGAAAAAGACAAGAGCAAGUCGAAGAAGGACAAAGAAGCGAAGACUAAGGAUGAAGAUAAUGAGAAGAAGCGAAAGAAACAAAUUGAUGAUGACUCUGCUGAUGAACACUUCAAGGGGCUUGAUGAUGACGAACCUGACAACGAUGGGGCUGAUGGUGAUGAUGGCCCAACCACACUUUCCAAGAAACCAGCAGCCAAGAAACCACGACAGAAGAAGCCUGCCAAGGAACCAAAGGGUAAGGAGAAGGAGAAGAAAACCAGAGGCAAGGGCAAGAAACAUACUGAUGAUCAGGAGAAUGAAGGUGGUGAGGACAGCAGCCGGUUUGACAAGGCGCUCAAUGGCAUAUCCCUGAGAGACAUCGCAGCGAUUGCAGAGACUGGCAAGGCUGACACCACAGCUUUGGAAAAAAAAGAGGAUGACGUGGACUCCCAGAAGACCCUGCGCCUGGAUGACUGCCAUGACAACACCAGCGAGCAGGACCAAGCUGAGAACAUCCCUGAGCCGAAGAAGCCUGAACCUGUGCUGUCUACACCUGCUCACACACCGGUGGCUACCCCAUGCCGAAGUGACAUCGAGACGCCCAAGGUGGGAGUUUCUGACAAUGAUCGGAUCAUGAUGGAAAAGAACCUCGCUCUUUCUGUUCGACCUGGAUUCCAGGUACCCCUGAAAGUGCUUGAAAAUGCACACAUGAAGAAAAAAGAAAAGGAGGCAAGAGCUGCCCUUGAGAAGAUGAUGGAUGAACAAAUUUGGGGAAAGAGAAGGCAAGCAAAAGGAAGUGCCCACCAAGGAGCUGACAAGGAGAUUGACAAUGUCCCUGCACGUGACACUCAGGUGGACAAUAAGAUCAAAGAGCAGGACACCAAAGACACCAAGCUCCCUGCAGGUGAUGUGCCACUUGAGAUCAACAAGGAGGACGCCAAAGACACCCAGCCCCCUGCAGAUGGCAUGGUGCUGGAGAUCAAAGAGGACAAUGCGACUGACAUGAAAGAAGCUGAAAGUUUGAAAGAACAGGAAGACAAAAAUCAAAACAAAGAGACUUCUGACAAUGCCCCUGGGGAGCACACAGAAGAGAAAGUGAGAAAUGCAAAGGAUGGCCCAAAGAACGCUGCACCGAAACCAAAACAGGAUCGGCAUGCAAAGAAAGUCUCAGCAGCAAAGGCAAAGGCAGGAAAGACAAAGGCAGCAAAGGCAAAGGCUACUGUGAAGAAAGAGCAUGCCAAAGGUGAACAGAUGACCAAGAAAGGGAAAGGUGAAGCAGCGGGCUCAAAGAAAACCAAGAAAGAAGAGCAAGAGUCGGAAGAGCAUGAAGAAGAACUUGCAAAGAAGAUCCACUGUGUAUAUUCAGCAGCGCAGAAAGCAGCAAAGGCAGAAGGAAAGUCGGCAGCAGAUGCUUGGGAGUAUGCCCAAGCAGCUCGCAAAGAGUGGAUCCUCAAAAAUGGUCCGCGCAACAGCACUGUGGUCAAGAAGUGGCUGAACAAGUUCAAUUCGUCCUAG